AUGAGCGAGAAAAAAUAUUCUGAGUAUGAAGAUAUCUUAACCAAAAGUGAAGAGCCCAUGAUGGAGGGUUCAAAAAGGAAAAUAUCUGAGGAAAGGAAGAGUGCACCAAGAGAAGAUGAGAAAGAUUAUCAGGAUUUUCAGAAUGAUGAAAAUGGUGAUGGUGAUGAUGAUAAUGAUGAUGAUAAUGAUGAUGAUAAUGAUGAUGGUAAUGAUGAUGGUAAUGAUGAUGAUGAUGAUGAUGAUGAUGAUGACCAUAAAGUAGAGAUAAGGAUACUACCAAAUAGAUCUUCUAGAGGUAGAAGAUAUACUCAACUAGUAGGUGAAGAGGCAGAGCGUGAUACUCAAUUUUGGGGUCAUAAUACAUGGGAAGAAGAGGAGUGUGAUAGUGAAUGGUCUUCUAUUAACCAAGAUGAAGAGUCUGAAGAAUCAAGUUCAGAAUCUUCUCAGUCAGAGGAUAAUGCGGAUGAAGAGUUUGUAGAAAUUGAAGAUGAAGAUGAUGGAUUGAGCUACAAAGAUUCAUCAAGGAAGAAUAAGGCAAUUUAUAAAGGUAAAUAUAAAGAUCCUUCACUAUUUUCAAAAUCUAUGCAGAAAAAUUUACUGAAGAGACAGAAUAAGACAAAGAAAAAAGUCAAAAAUACUAGUUCAAGCAAACCCAAGGAAUUCCAAAUUGAAGAGAGGUCAAUGUCAGUUAGAAAAUCGACUGCAAAAAAGAAACAAGAUUUACAAGAAGAGAUGAGACGAAGGGAUGAAGAAGCUAUAGAAAGGGCAAGGUUACGGAGAAAGAAGAGAAAUCAUGAUGAAUCUAACAGAUUACCAAAAGAGAUGACACAAGAAGAGAGAAUUGCUCAGAGUAAAAUAGUUGAGAAGAUGAAUACUGAGAGUUUAUCAUACUUAGAAGCUUGUGAAGAACAAAAGCGUUACUUAGAUAAUACUUCUGCUAGCGUGAGAAAACAAUUUCAAUCAGGUUCUUUAAAUAUAUACAUUUCUUGGUCUUCUUAUCGCUUAAUGGAAUCUGAAAAAGACAAAGCAAGUUCAAUUUUAUCAGAGGAUGAAUAUUGUCGUGAGAUACUUUUGUAUACUGAUGGUAUUAUUCCUGAAGUAUUAAACCAGCAUAGAUGUAGUAAAGAUAAGAAAGAAGCUAUGUGUAGUAUUUUUGGUACAAAAGCACGCUAUUUAGAUCCAUUAACAAAUCAGUACUAUAGUAACUUUGAAGCUUUCAAGAUUAUAAGAAAAGAUUAUCAUGUAAUGAAAUAUAAAGAGUUUUUAAAAGAACUGAAAGAUUUGAAUGAUUUAAUAUACAAAAAGAAACAAGAACUUACAAAUAUACAUGAACUGGCAUAA